GUUUCAACAAAAUAACUCCCCUCCCAAAAUUUUAAAUGCUGUUUCUCAACUGCUCCCCUAUGUCAAGCCAUUCAAAGAACUCUGCUCCCAUACGAAGAAAUAAGCCUCUUGUUGAGAAACCCCUCCCUCCACGAUCACUCCGGUGCUGCCAGAAACCCCUCCCUCCACCGCCGGAUCAACGAUGUCGUUCGGUCGUUUCACGCUCUACCAUAGUCUGUCAUCACAGAUCGAAGCCAUUCGUCUCAUUGAUUCGACAGUCCUCACUUGCCACUCUGCUCGAAACAGGGUUGACUUGUACAGGCUGGUUGUUGAUGAGCACAUUAAUACGACACGCGUAUGCAGCUCAAGGAGGUCCAUGUUUGCGGGUUGGGCCCUUUGCUGCAUAUUAUCAAGUACCACUGCGUCAUAUCCUACUGGUAUAUGACAAGAUGAGCUUGCCGAAUGGUGUUUUGAGGCUUCAGCCCAGCGGAGGACAUGGGUAUCAUAAUGGGGACGUUCAUUGACCUUUCUUAAAGAGCUAAUUUCUGGUUAUGAAAGCUUUAGUUACAUGACAAGGAGCUCGUUGGCUAUCAAGGAGCUCGUUAAGGAAAAGGAUGAAGAAAAAGAAAGGUUAAAUGGAGUUAUUGCGGGUUUGUUGGCUGAAAAAGAAAAAGAUAAGGUUGACAAAGAUGUCAUGCUCAAUAGGAUGUCACAAAUUGAAGCUAUGUUAAGCGCUAUGGUUCAAAGAUAGGCUAUGAACACUUGGUUUUGAAUGUCUUGAUGUUGAUCAUAUUAGGAUUAUUUCGGUAAUUUGAUGUUUUAGUUGGCAUUUAUAUUAGAAUGUUUUAUAAUUCUAUGUAUUUUU